AUAUCGCUAAAAGACUCCCCCUCUCCCCUCGCUCGACGUGGUUGAACCCAGGAGGGCGCCAAGUCUCUGCAGACCGGAGUGCUGCUGAUAGAACAUGCCGCCCAGGAGGAAGAAACCCGGGGAUGUGCCCAGUGACCAGUGGGUGCUCAUAGCUCCAGAUUCCCUGAAAGAUGAUGCAGAGAAGCCAAGUGAUAAAACAUUGUUUGCCAAGUUACGCAGUCCCCUUUCAGAUAAAGGCGCCAUGUUCUUAUUUAUCAGCUGUGGACAGCAGGUCUGCGAAGUGAAAGUUUUCCAGGAGGAAUAUCGGUCAUGGUUUAUUGGUCAGACAGUUCAGGAAGAUGGCAGAUUACUGUAUGUCACACCAGUAGACCCUCUGUUUUUGGUGCUGUACUAUCUGAUGAAAGCUGACAAAGAGCAAGGGAAAUUUCAGCCAGUGGAGCAGAUUGUGGUAGAUGAAGAAUUUCCAGCAUGUUCAUUGUUACUGCAGUGCACACCAGUAGCACAAUCUCUUCAUCAUGUCACAGAAGAAAAGGAAAUUGGCAGCAAGAAAUUUUACAAGUACAGUAAAGAGAAGACUCUUGCAUGGCUAAAGAAAAAGGUUGAUCAAACUGUUAAAGUAUUGAAGGACAGUGAUGUAUGUGUGGGGGGAACCACACAGUCUGUCAGCUUUAUUCGGGUUAAACAGGAAUCUCACAUACAAGAAGAGGACUAUGUGCGCUAUGCUCAUGGACUGGUUUCAGAAUACAUUUCCAUACAGCUCCGCGAUGAGCUGUCUACGUAUCUAAAUCUCCCAGAGGUUUCCAGUCCCACCCCAGAACCGCCUACAAAGAAAAGGAAACUAUCUGACAAGCCCGUGGAAGCAGAAGAGGACUACACAAAAUAUAAUUCAAAUGACAAAGGCAAAAAGGCUAAUAGCAAGAUGUCGGCAGCUCAGAAAUCCCUGGCCAAAGUGGACAAAAGUGGAAUGAAAAACAUAUCUUCUUUUUUUAGUCCAAAAUCUAAAGCCACAAAAUAAGAUGAGAACAUUAUGUGGAAUUUCAAUUUUUUUUUAUGUAGUAAAAUUGUUUUGUUAAAUGCCGUCUGUUCUUUGGAUGAGGGCAGGUGUUGUUUGAUAUGUUCCAGUUAUAGCAAGGCGCUGUUCACACUAUUAUAAUGUGUUCCUAUAAUAAUAGAGCUAUGAGCGAUAUGCCGGAUUAGUCUUAUGGAUAUCGUAUGCGUAUCCCGCUAGCAAUACGAUGGAAGUAAGACAGAUGGGAUUUAUUGCAGCUGCCUGAAAAGUCUACUUGGAAAAGAGGGAAAAUAAAAUCUGUGUUUUACAGUGUG